ACAUUAGGAAUAACGAAAUCCAGGUCACUGUUCUUUUGGAGUUUCUUCCCCCAUAUCUAAAUUCGGCGGCUUCAACGACAAGUUCUUGCCGGUGGUUCUUGCCUUCAAAAGAAACUCUUGAAUAGCUUGUCGUGGAAGCCAUCUCUUUCUUUCUUUUUGCUGCCAACCAGUCCUUUUUCUUAGCACGUACUAAUCGGAAGAUCAUCGUCACCAAAUAACUCUCGCUUGCCACUGUGCUGACCAGAAUUCCUCGAUAUUGUUACCUGUACUAUAUGCCAGGAAAUUAAAAAGCCAUGGUAACCUGUGGUGCCAGUUCCUUAGCCUACAAUGGCUCUCUGUGCGCCUGCAAUCCAGGCCAUGUGAAUUUUUCAAGCGGCUGCAAAUUGUUCAAUACGGAUACCGGAAAUUGGACCAGCGAAUCAGGGGUUGGGGCUAACGACAAGAAUGGCUUUACUCAGACAGUAUUCUCGUUCAAUUCGCUUAAAAAUGUUACACAGUCGCAGGCACUAUUUCUUGAAGUCACCACUUUAGCUGUAGUGUUGUGGUUGGUGUUAUGCAUCGUGCUAAGAUUUUGUCCUCUCAAAGAUGGUCGCACACGGUGGUUUCAGCUGCGCUAUUGGCUCACUCGUCUUGAUUUCUUCUUUUCCACUCGUCAUUGGCUGGAUGAACAAAAAAUUGUGGUGAAGCGUAAAACAGAACUUGGUGGGACAUUUUCUAUGGCCAGUUUGAUAUUUUUCUUUGGACUUUCUGCAGCUUUGCUUUAUCAAAUUAUUUCCAAGAGGAGUGUUGAAGUGCAAAACAUAAGGCCUGCAAAUGCUGUAGAUUUGAAAGCUUUUGUUAAUGAUAUGGACUUCAAUAUUACAACUGUUUCAAGUAUGAGUUGUGCACAGCUACGUGGACUCGGUACUCUGCAGAUUGGAGUGCCUGGCUUUAUUGAUGAGCGGACAUUGCCUUUGUCAGACUUAUUAAAAGCAGACUGCCAUAACACAAGUAGAGGACCCACUAUUAGAUUUCAGUGCAACCAGUGCGAACUCACAAAAGAUAACUAUUAUAUUUCAUGGCAUUUUAUUGAUGUUCCUAACAGUCCAGCUGCUGCAGUUGGUUUUCAUUUCAAUCUUACUGCAAAAAAAUCUGGUAGUAAUGACCAUGUCAGUGUACUUAGUGGAGCAGUGAAACUUGGAAGAAAUGAUUCAGACAAUACACCAUUGACAUUAAGAGGCACAGUAGGGAACAUACUGAAAUUUCGUUUGGUUCCUCGUUUAUUCCAUAAUGUUCAUAAUCUAAGGAUCAUUCAGGCUUUCUUUCAUGAGUUUAUUCCAGGCUCAUCCUACAGAACAACAAGUGAGCUGCAAGCUUCAUAUCAGAAUGCAAAAGAUGGAAUGCUCAAUUUAACAUUUCAUGUAAAUUUUCUCUCAGACUAUAUUGUUGAGGUUGAUACUGAAGACAUUAUGGGACCUGUGACAUUCCUUGCAGACCUUGGUGGCCUCUAUGCAAUAAGCAUUGCUUUGUUCUAUUAUCUACUAGCACAAUUUGAAUAUAGGGUGAAUAUGUUCCGCUAUGAGGAUAAUAUUUUGCCAAAGCUUGAAGCUCGACGACGUGCUCGAAAGCGCUGGGAUAAACUGAGAAAGUAUGUUAUGUAUACAUGGGGUCGCAACAUUUCAGAUACAUCGCCUCCAGGGACAAAUAGAUCAAAAUUGGUUGAAAGGAAAAUCAAAGGUAUUCAUAGGCCACUUGAAGUUGGUGAAAGAUCCACUUCUACGGAUAUUAGAGCCAAAAAUCGCCAAAUUGGAGGUCUAGAGUCUAAGGAUAUUGAAAGGCAUACAAUGUGGCAGCAACUAAAGAACCACCUAUGUGGAGGUAGUGGGAUGGAUCUCAAUAAAGGAAAUGUGCGAGAUAUUGAAGGACAAUUGGAAGGGCCAUCAAGCAUUGAACCGGCUUCAGAACAAGAAUGCGGGUCCGUUGAAAUAACCGGUUCAAGACAAAGAAAUGAGACAUCUGCCAUAACCAGGAAAUCUGGAAGUCUGGGUAGAAAUCCUCCUUGGUUAUCCAAUAAAGAAUUCCUACCAGCUGUUCCAGAUAUUCCCACAGAUCAGCAGAUGGAUAUUGCAUCAGUGCAGACAUAUCUUAGGGAUUUGUAUGAAUACAAUGUCCGCAUGCGGGAAGACUUUUUAGCUGCACAGUCUGUAAUCGGAGAUAUUGUUCAGCGGCUCUCUCCUCACAGUGAUAUUUGUCGAGAAUAAAUUUUAUAUACGAAUAUUAGGUUGAUUGCCAUCCACAUUGUUCUUGUUGCCAAGAUCUUCAGCUUCUAUGCUCUGUAGUUGCUACUUCCAAGGGAGCUUUACUUCAGGAGUACAAGCCAUCUUCCUAGCUUACCAAUCUUCUCUUCAAUUUAAUUCGUCAAAAUGGAUAAGCUUUGGUUGUUUUUAGAAUCCUUAUUCAGAGGACUGCCAAGACAUCAGCUCAAUUCAAGGAAGAGAAAAAAAGAUUGGUGAAUUCUCUGAAAGAAGCUUCAUGGAGUUAAUCAUAUGGUGGUGUUUUUGGUGUCCAAUUUUCCUAACCCUUGUUGAGAUCUAAUUUGGCAGAUUAUCACUUCGAUUAUACAGAUUUUUCAGAGGUGGUAAUACUGAUUUGGUAUAACUGGAUGGCUUUCAAUCCUUGAAAAAUGGUACAAGCAAGUGUUGUAACCUACUGAUUCAUACUUGCUCAGAAAAAAGUCCAUUCUCAAACUUAGUUAUUGGUUUUCUUAAAGUUUAGGCUCUUGCUGGUGGACACUCUGAAGAUGCGUCCACUCAGUUUCUCACUUGAAGAAGAUUGUAGGUUAUCAUGAUAGAGCAAUAAUAUCUGACAGUUUUGCUCGCUAAAUCAAGGGUGAAGCAUGCCUGAAGAAAUGUCAGAAUGUCAAGAAAUUACCAUAAGAUCAGUUAAGUUCCUCUAAUAAGCUUUUUCAUUAAGUUACGAGAGUUGUUUUUUGAUAUAGAUUUCAUUUCUGGCCAUGGCAUUUUGUUGAGGUUGCCAUUGAAAACUAAGAUCUACUGUUGGAUUAUUGUUUUACUGAUAGGAGCUAACUGGCACUGCCAGUGUUUUUAUCCAAUUCAAUUACUAGUACUACCAUCAUUCUUUUUAAAGUUGUAUUUUAUUAUGGAAAUUGUUUGCCGAAUAUCAUCAGAUGCUCUGUCCCAAGCUAAUCAGCCGCCCGCUUUAACUGCAUGGUGACACUUGAACGUCUUACAUCUGUAAGAGACUGUUCAUCCUGAAUUUUGGACUUAAAUGUGUUAUUAUAGAUAAUACAAUAUCUGGAUUUUCAUUUGUUGA